GAUUAUCGUGACUCAGACCGGUACUCAGAGCGCACUGUGUCUCGAUUAGAUAAAUUCCAAGAGAGGAAGCAAGUGCCUCAGCGCGAGAGAGAGAACAUUAGGCUGAUAUUAAUCAGAAGACGAGCGAUUCAGGCUCUAGUAGUAUAGGCGAUAGCUAGUCUGGGAAGAAAGCUGGAAGAAAGAGAGAAAGCUAUAGAGAGAUAUUGGGAAUGAGUAACCCAUCCAUUAUAUUCCAGCAUAAGAAGUUGCUCCGAUAAACAACGAUGACAGAUCCUAGUGCAACCAAGAACCUGGAGGAGUUCGGCUAUGGCCUGCAUGAGCAAUUAAGCAAUGCGAAUCCCGGCAAGAAUCUCAUUUACUCGCCCCUAUCCAUACAAAUGUGUGCGGCAAUGGUGCGCAUGGGGGCAGAGGAGGGGACGGCCACAGCCCGGGAACUGGACGAGGGACUGCGGUUCAGUGCCAGCAAUGUGGACAAAAUAGCCGAUGGCUUCGAGGCUGUAUUCUCUGCCUUUCGGCAGUGCAAGGCCCUGAAGAUGGCAAACAAGCUGUUCAUCAUGAAGGAGUGCAAGCCCAAUCAGAGGUUUGCCAGUAUUCUGGAGAAGAAGUAUCACUCCAAGCCGAUGAGCAUCGACUUCAGGAGCAGCUCAGCUGCGGAGACCAUCAACAGUUGGGUGGAGGAGGAGACCAACAAGCUCAUCAAGAAUAUUGUCAGCCCGGGCGCCCUGACCAACAGCACUCGCCUGGUCCUAGUCAAUGCCAUUUACUUUAAGGGCGUCAGGUUCGAUGAGGAGGAUACGCGCGAGGCGGAGUUUUUCCUGGAGAAGGGCAAGCCCAUCAAGGUGUCCAUGAUGAAGGUUGUGCACAAGUUUAUGUAUGCGGAACUGCCCAAACUGGGGGCAAGAGCCAUCAAAAUGUUAUACGCAUACCUAUCCAUGAUUAUAAUUUUGCCCAACGAAAGUACAGGUCUGAAGACUCUGGAGCAAAAGCUACCGACCACCUCCUUAAAGGCUAUUACAUCCGAAAUGUCCCUCAUAAAAGUUGAUGUCAAGAUCCCAAAGUUUAGAGUCGAAUUCGAGCAGGAGUUGUCCUCAGCCUUUAAGAAGAUGGGCAUGAAGCGUAUAUUCAGCGACGAGGCCGAGCUGGGCCAGAUUUUGGAGUCCCAGGAGGCCAUCAAGGUCUCCCAGAUGUUACACAAAGCCUUCAUAGAUGUCAACGAGGUGGGAACUCACCGCAAUGGCUGCUGUUAUGGUAAUGCGAAUCCUGCCCGCCACCCCAGUGGAUCGACCAAAGGCCUUUCACGCCAACAGACCCUUCCACUAUACGAUCUGUGAUCGUAAUCCUCUUUCAUGUCAUCCUCUUUGUGGGAAGCGUGACGGCUGGGGUGUAACAUAAAUUAUUAUUCUAUCAUAGAUUAUUAUUCUAUCAUAAAUUAUUAUUCUAUCAUAAAUUAUUAUUCUAAAAUUAAUUGAAUAAGAAUACAACUCUAAUCUUUAAA